AUGCGCAUUGAGCGCGACAUCGGGGAGUGGGGGCGGGGGAGUCCAAGCUGCAGGGACGUGCGGCGCUCGAUUACCAUGGCGGCGACAGGAGGGAGCGGGCUUGAGCAGAAACGUGGGGUUAGUGAUGGAACAAACAGGAGGAGGAAGGGUCCCGGACCCAUCGCCACCGCCUACAUGGUUAUUUAUAACGUGGUGAUGACGGCCGGGUGGCUAGUCAUUGCGGUUGGUCUGAUUCGAGCUGGCCUGGCCCGGGGCACCUAUCACGGUCUGUACUAUUCCAUUGAGAAACCGCUGAAGUUCUUCCAGACGGGAGCACUGCUGGAGAUCCUCCAUUGUGCUGUGGGAAUUGUUCCAUCCUCUGUGGUCCUAACUGGGUUCCAAGUGAUGUCACGUGUAUUCUUGACAUGGGCAGUUACACACAGUGUGAAACAGGUGCAGAGUGAGGACAGUGUGCUUCUGUUUAUUGCUGCCUGGACACUCACGGAGAUUGUGCGUUAUUCCUUUUACACUUUCAGCCUGCUGAACCAUCUGCCCUACCCCAUCAAGUGGGCCAGGUACUCAUUGUUCAUUGUUCUGUAUCCGAUGGGAGUCACAGGGGAACUGAUGACCAUAUACGCUGCCCUGCCUCACGUUCGAAGGACUGGCUUGUAUUCUGUGACCCUUCCAAACAAGUACAAUGUCUCCUUCGACUACUACACAGUCCUGAUCAUGGUCAUGAUUUCCUACAUUCCAAUUUUUCCCCAGCUCUACUUCCACAUGCUGCGCCAGAGGAGCAAGGUCCUGAGCACUGCCGAACAGAGCAAGAAGAGCGAGUAGUUGCUGCCACCUGCUAGGGAAAUGGGCAUUGGUCGAAGGGUUUUCCCCUUGGAUCGAGAAGAUUUCUGUUCACUGAAUUGUUGUCACUGUCUGAUGAACCCGUGUUUUUCAUUGGGCCCCUUUGGUGACUGGUGUUUGACAUAACCAGCCACAUGAAUUUAGAUUGUACUGUCAAUGUGUUGGGUCUGGAAGGGGUUGGAGUAGUGAUGGAAUUCCUAUCUGCUUAUAA